UAUUCGAACACACUUAAUGAGUCAGGCGUUAUUGGAUGCACUUUCGGCUCAGUGACAUGUUUGUUAACUUAAUUUGUCGAGAUCUAUAUAGAAAAUAAUGUGACUAAAAACUUGGACAAAGCGCGGCUUGUUUUUUAGAUAAUAUAUCAAUUGUAUUAACUGGAUAACUAUUAAUUUUAAAUUUGUUACACUGACUAUUUCACAUUGAAUAAUGGCGAUUGCACACGUUGCAACAGAAUACGUUUUCUCCGACUUUUUAUUGAAGGAUCCAACAGAGUCGAAGUACAAAGGGGUGCGUCUGGAGCUUGCGGUAGACAAAAUAGUCACUUUCAUUGCGGUUGGUCUCCCUUUGUUACUCAUUUCCCUCGCGUUUGCACAAGAGGUGUCAGUAGGUACCCAGAUCAGCUGUUUUGCCCCUACCAACUUCUCAUGGCGACAGGCAGCCUAUGUUGACUCCUUCUGUUGGGCGGCGGUGCAGGAGCAGCAACUCAGCGUUGAUGGCGUCGAGGGUGCCCCCCUAUGGCUGCACAAGUUCUUCCCUUACAUCCUUCUGUUGGUGGCAAUCCUCAUGUACAUCCCUGCUCUGUUCUGGCGCUUCACGGCCGCCCCACACCUCUCCUCUGACCUCAACUUCAUCAUGGAGGAGCUGGACCGCUCCUAUAACCGAGCCAUCAGACUGGCCAAGAGCCUGGCCUCAUCUAUAGACACCAAAGAUGUCUCUGACGACUCCUCCAGUGCCCUGGACCUGACCGAAGGCUGCUUUAAAUACCCUCUGGUGGAGCAGUAUCUGAAGACCAAGCGUUUCUCCCGCUGGCUGGUGGUGAAAUACCUGGCGUGUCGGCUGUUAACCCUGCUCACCCUGCUGCUAGCCUGCCUCUACCUGGGCUACUACAUUCGCCUAGCCUCCAUCACCGAUGAGUUUGCCUGUGAUGUGCGGACAGGGGUGCUGAGGAACAACAGUGCGGUGUUGGUGCAGUGUAAACUGGUGGCGGUGGGGGUGUUCAGGCUGCUAAGCUACAUCAACCUGGGGGUGUACCUCCUGCUGGCUCCCCUGCUGGUGUACGCUGCCCUGGGCCCGGCCAGACAGGGCUCCCGCUUCCUCCGGCCCUACGAGAUGCUGCCGGCCUUCGGAGCUCUGGACCUGGACACACCCUUCUACAACGACCUCAGCGUGUACCUGCUCUUCCUGGAGGAGAACCUCAGUGAGCUGAAGUCCUAUAAGUGUCUGCAGGUGCUGGAGCUGCUUAGGGAAGGAGGCGGUGAGGCCUUUGACACUAUGUGUCUGCUGCAGACUCUGGGCCAGGUGAAGACAGAUGUGGUGGAUGGGAAAAAAUCCACUUCAUACAAGGACAGCAAAGACUGCACCAAGCCUGGAGAGGAGGACACAAACUCUUCUGAGCUGAGAGAUGUUUCUACAUUGUGGCUGGACGACGGGCUGAAGAAAGACAACAAGGACAAGACCUGCUGUGGUGGAAUAGACGUACGUCAGAGAGUGAUCUGAAGUGUGAACUAGGGUCUUUAUCUUUUCAGUCAUUUAGCAGACGUUCUUCUCCAGAGUGACUUACAGAAGCAAUUAGAGUUAAGCGCCUUGCGCAAAGGCAUGUCAUCAGAUGUUUCACAUAGUCGGCUUGGAGAUUGGAACCAGCAACCUUUCGGUUACUGGCCCUAUCCACUAGGCUACCUGCUGAUCAAUAGCUUGUUUUUUUUUGUUUUUUUUAAGUGCUGUGUUGCUAUGUUACCGUACCUACCUUAGUACAAUAAAAUUGUACCUUUUGUUCUUAUCAGGAUCGAUCAAGCCCCUACUAAUUUGUUCUCUGGAAUUUAAACAAAAGUUGUUUAUAGAACUCUGGUCCACAGUUUCCCCAUAGAGAUGCUCUCUUUCUGUGUUUACUGCCAGAGAUACAAGGUGUUUGUCAGACUGGGUCAUUAUUUAUUAAAGAAGCUGUGAUUAGUUAUCUAAUAUUGCUAGCGACAUAAACAAAGCCUUGCCCUCAUUUUAACCAGCAAACUUCAGCCUCGGUACCUAAGUGGUAACAUAUUUAUAUUGAACCAUUUAUUUUCUAAGGAAUAGCAGAUUAUUUUAUUCUUUGGGGAUCUGAGUAACUCAAUACAUCUAAGGGCUAGAUUCAAUCAGUUCUGCGUUAACCCGCUUAACCGACAACUGCAUAGCACUUUCAUUGUUUUUAGGCGAUGUCGGAGGUGUAGCGACGUUGGAGGUGUCAAAUCAGCAAGCGGCUCCCCGCAUUCUACCUGUUGCGGACAUUGCCAUUGGAUGCAAUGAGUUGUAUUAAUAAUAAUCCCAUGCAGGCUUGUUACAAAUUCGAACACAGGAAUGUGUGUUAUAAUCUACACCUUGAUUAGGCUGAUAUACACUAAGUGUACUAAACAUUAGGAGAACCUGCUCUUUCCAUGACAAUAAUUUACCAGGUAAAUCCUGGUGAAAGCUUACGACACCUUAUUGAUGUCACCUGUUAAAUCUACUUCAAUCAGUGUAGAUGAAGGGGAGGAGACGGGUUAAAGAAGGACUUUAAAGCCUUGAGACUUGGAUUAUGUAUCUGUACCAUUGAGGGUGAAUGGGCAAGACAAAAUAUUUAAGCUUUUCAAGAUUUUUGAAUAGGAUAUGGUAGGUGCCAGGAGCACCAGUUUGUGUGUCAAGAACUGCCAUGCUGCUGGGUUUUUCACACUCAACAGUUUCCUGUGUGUAA